AUGGGUUGUGUGGAUCUUAGGCAGGAUGCUGAUGAUCUGCCUCUCGAAACGAAAGAUGGCCUAUGUUCUGUCUGCCAGAAGCUUGGCUUUGACUGGUCUUGGGAGUGCCCCGAAUGCGUUGGUGCUCCUCAUUCGGAUUCAAAAAUUGAAAGACAUUUUCACAUCGGCACAGUGAAGCGCCUUCUUGGUAAACCGUCCUGUCCGGGUUGUCGACUCAUUCUUUCUUCCCUCGAAAUACCGGAACAAAGCCCGCCAUCGCUCAUGGAGCAAGAAUUACAAGUUUCUCUCGGCUUUUUGGUAAAUCACGGUGCAUAUUCUGAAAACUAUGAAGAUGGUUAUGAGCUGCCUGAAGCGACUGAAUCGCUCAAUGAGGACGCUACCGUGUGGGUAGCAUGUUUUGAAGUAACUUUGGAAGGCCCUCGGGUACCUCCUGAUUCAGUACGAAGAGGCAGGAUCAUCAGAAAUGGUCCAUGGUAUGUCAAAGAGAAUAAUGAAGGCGAAAAUUCAGAACUGCGCGGUCGAGCCGUUUCUCCCAUAAUCGACGUCAGCAUAAUCAAAGACUGGAUGAGAGUGUGUGAAGAGGGCCACAGCCACUGCAAACUCUUGGCUCCACUGUCAUCGGAUGAGAGCAAAUUUCGUCUUAUUGAUGUUCAAGAGCAAAGGAUCAUUGAUUCCACGCACUCAGAGAGGUAUAUCGCUCUGUCUUAUGUAUGGGGACUUGCUACGCCUGCAGUCCUCACAAAGGAUACUCUUUCUCAAUAUUCUUUGAAGGGGGGCCUACAGGCUAUACAGAUACCGCAAACGAUAGCCGACUGUAUGCAACUUGUACAAAGCCUUGGUGAACGAUAUCUGUGGGUGGAUUCCCUUUGUAUUAUACAGGACGACGAUGACGACAAGCUAGAGCAACUCCGUACCAUGGAUACUGUAUACCGCAGUGCAACUUUGGUCGUAGUUGCAGCUGCCGGCAACGACGCUCACGCUGGCCUUUGUGGAGUUGGCCAUCUCAAACGACGUGAAUGGCAAAGAAGAGAGACGUUGUGUGGCCUUGCGCAUAUUACAGCUCAGCCACCGCUUCGUGAGACUCUGAAGGGAACCACGUGGAGUUUGCGAGGCUGGACGUUCCAAGAAGCAAUGCUCGCGCGACGAAUUCUUUUUCUAACAAACCAUCAGAUGUACUGGAGCUGUAAACGCAACAAUUGGCGUGAAGAUAUGACUUGGGGAUCUCGGGCGAAAUGA